AUGGUAUCGCGCGCGCCUCCGAAUGACAAGGGAGGUUCAAACCGCCCUGCGAUCAGUCGCCGCUCGUGCGAUCAAUGCCGAGCAAGAAAGAUCGGAUGUGACAGAGCAACGCCUUGUUCCAACUGCGUAUCAGCCCGCGUUGACUGCACUCACAGCAGGAUCGCGCCCAAGCCAAGCACUGCCCGACAAAGAGUCUUGGUCUCUGAAAAAUAUGAGCGAAAGAUUGAUGACAUCUCCAGCGAUGUCAGCAGCAUUAAGACACUGUUGGCAGGACUCGACCUGAAUAGAGUCACGCCAGCUCAAACAUCACAAGAGCAACGUCGUUUGGCUUCUAUAUCUCCAAGCCCAGCUGAAGCAAAUAAGUCGGAUAAGCCCCGGCCUUCUGACAGCGCUGCUCCGCCUCCUCGCUGGGAUUACUCCGCCCAUAUCAUAGACUUUGUUCAAUCCAUUAUUCAGGACAAUGGCUCAGUUCAAGCAGACACCGAGUGGAGCAGUACCAUUUCUUCGCUAAAAAGUCUUGUAAAUGCUUUGAAGAACACUCAGAUGACACGAGGCCAACAGCCAAAACCUCAUGAGUCACUGGAAAGUAUUCCGACGCCCCCAUUGGAAGCCGUCGUGAAAAUUCUGCGAUGGGUCAAAGAUCACUCAAAAGAUCAUAGAGUAGUCUGGAUAUGCCGUUUCCUUCCUCUCGAUGUCUUUCUAGAUAUUUGCAACAAGGUCUACUUCCGUGUUGAGGACCAUACCGAGGCUGAGUUUAUCAUCGCAAAUAGCUUUCUAUCAUACGUGUUUGCUGAAUAUGCUGUCAUUCACGGAGAUGCGAAGUCACAAGAAUACUGUCGCUUUUAUCGGUCCCAUGUUGGCAGCGGUCUUGGGAAACUGACUCUGUUGGCGGCGCCAUGCAUGGAGUUGAUCGCCGCGCUUGCUCUUGGGGCAAUUUACUCGGUCGAGGAAAGUCGAGCAUCACAGUCGUGGACAUUGAUCUCGACCGGAAUGACGCUGUGCCAGACACUGGGCUAUCAUCGGCUUGACUCUCCCAAAGAUGGCCUUCAACAGAUGCAGUCCGACUUGUUCUGGGUCGUUUACGCAUACGAGAAAGGCCUCUCAUUGAGACUGGGACGAUGCUCUGGUAUUCGUGACUCUGAAGUUUGUUCGCCACGUCAGGCAAAUCAGCAUCGAUCCAUUCGUCUCGGGCGGAUACAGGGAAAGGCAUAUGGCCAGUUGUAUAGCCCUGAGGGCUUAAAAACAGCGAACACUACCCGUUACGAGGUAGCCAAUGGUCUUGCACAGGAGCUUCAGUGUAUCAUAGAUGAGACCCAUCACGAGAUCACACAAGCUUUGGCGGAGAAUAGAGACAUGGGUGAUGACCCUAUGAAAGUCAUAUACCUUCAUUGCGAUCUCGUUUGCCAAUCAGCCUUAACGGCCAUGGUACUCAGGGUAUUGCCUGGCUCCCAAGGCAUGGAGGUGCAUGAAAGCUGUCUCACUGUUGCUCGCAACACCUUAGACCUGCAUGAUCAGUGCAUGAAACUAGUCAAUGGGUGCAAAGAUCCGCUGUUGAUUCGAAGAUAUAUAAACUGGGCUAUCUUGCAUACGCCCUUCUUUCCAUUCAGCAUAGUCUUCACUCAUGCAGUGAGAUGCUCAAUUGUAGAAGAUUUUGACCGCCUGGAUAGAUUCGCAUCGUCAUUCAAGUCGGAGUGUACCCAUUCAGAGCCGGCGACGCAUCCCCAUCGACUUUACGAACUUCUCAGCAAAGCCGCCCGACUCAGUGCCAAGGCAUGCCCCGAGCUUUCACACACGAGUGCAUCCCUACCAAGCUCAAGCGACUUCACGAUGAUUGAUCCCGAGGUAGUAAAUACUGUGGAUGGAAUUGCCGCAACUGACGUUGCAAUCGGUGCCGAAUACGAUGCGUCGCUCCAGAUCGGUGAUUGGUUUCAUAGCAACCAGCAAUUUAUGAGGCUCCUGCACGAAGACGUACCAUACUGA